AUGCAGUUGAAGAACAUCCUCGCCGUCUUUGCCGCCCUCAACCUCGUCACCGCCGCCCCGACCCCCGACGAGGACGGCCUCGAAUACAUCGACGGCCCCGAAGGAGGUUCCGAUGAGUUCGAGAUCGUGAAGCGAGGCGAAGUCUCUUUCUGGUGCAAGGGAGCCGUCGUCAGUGACAAGUACAAAGGUGGCGUGGCCGGGACCAAAUGCGGGUGGACCUGGUAUGAUGGCUGCAACAAUCUCGUCUGCAAGAGUGGCAAGUACAUCGCCUGGCCAGCUCCAAAAUACAACAAAUGGGAUUCCUACAUCGUCUGCAGCUAG